AUGGACUUCGACCCGACAAUAGCCCAUGAUCGUGAUGUUGUUGGAGGUCUUUUCGCCCCGCAACAGACAAAUGUAGCCAGGGAUUCUAGGAGUUCAACAACCAAAGGCAUCACUUCACCAGUGUCAGGUGCCGUGGAUUAUACUCUUUGGACCAGCUCAAUUUUCGACACACAGAACUCGAUUCCUAGACAGAGACUACGGCAGCUGACUGUGAGGCUGAUGUGGACAUUCCAGAAUCGCAACAGCCCCCAAGCCCAGCAGCACAGACAAAAACUUGCCUCCGAGUGCGCCCGUCUCCACACACCGAUAUCUGGACCGGCAGAUUCGGCGCCGAUCAAAAACCGCCCUGAAUUUUUCAAUAAAUUUGAACUUGCAACAGAAAGAUCCGCCUUACGGGGCGAGUUGUGGAUCGAUAGGGACGAUAUAUUCCACUGGCAAGCCUCCGUUUUGGGCCAUUCGGAUUCAGACUAUGCGGGCGGAGUCUUUUUCCUCGAUAUUCGAUUUCCACAGGAUUACCCCUGGAAGCCCCCGAGAAUUAAAUUCGCGGCCAAUAUAUUCCACACCAAUGUCAACGAGUUUAGCGGCAUCUCACUUGAUAUUCUGCGCGACGCCUGGAGCCCAGGCCUUUCCGUAGCAAAAUGUUUACUGACCAUCUGUUGCACGAUGCAAGAUCCCUAUGCACCUCCAGGAUCCUGGUUUCCAGGCGCCCAGCUCUAA